UUAUCUGCUUAAAAAACUUCAGUACGUGAAGCGAUGGAGCAAGAGAUGGCGGAGUAUCUUCCUUUAGAUCGAGGAUCUAAAAUGGAGGAUUCAGAGAAGCAAACUUCUUCACGUCCUUCUCUGAUUCCAAUUAAAAGUAGAAAAAAGGGUGGAUUAAUUACCAUGCCUUUUAUCAUAGCAAAUGAGGCACUGGAGAGUGUGGCGAGCUAUGGGCUUUUACCAAAUAUGACAUUUUAUUUGAUGAGAGAUUACAGGAUGGACGUUACUACAACUCAAAAUCUUCUGUUUUUCUGGUCAGCUGCUACUAAUUUUUUGCCUAUCGUUGGAGCUGUUGUUGCUGAUUCAUAUUUAGGUCGAUUCCUUACUAUUGGCCUUGGUUCCAUCUUCAGUUUCCUGGGAACAGUAGUGUUGUGGUUAACAGCAAUGAUUCCGAAAGCAAGGCCUCCACCUUGCAAUCAAUCAGGACAUGAGGCUUGUAAAGCUACAACGACAUCACAAUACUUGCUCUUAGUUUUAUCGUUUCUGCUCAUGUCAAUUGGUGCUGGAGGUAUAAGAUCCUCUUCAUUAGCCUUUGGUGCUAACCAGUUUGACAAGGGAGAU